AAGUUGAAAUAAUUAGUUGAAAAACGUGAAGUCCGUAGAGUCUUUAAUAAAUCGUCGAUGGUUAGCAGUUUUGAAGCAUACCCUCGUUUGACAGUUGACUGCAAAAGUGACAGUGACAGCUGUCAAAAUCGUCGCAAUGGUAGCAGACAAACGAAAACAAGGGUCCGCUUCGAGUUUGCGCGGUGUCGUUUUGCUGUAAUAGUAGUUUGAAAAUGUCAAUAAUAGUGAUAAUGAAGUAUACAAAACUCAACAUCGCUAUCUCUCAACGCGCAUGCGUCUUUACGCAUUGGGAUAUACCGUGGAAAAAUCAUUACAGUGCAUGGAAAGUACUGCAUAGCUGGUCCUUUCGCUCGACAUUUAGGUGUAAAAGAUGGCCUUAAGCUUGCAUGAAAGCUUUGAAAGAUGUUGUCGUCUAUGUGCGGAAGAGCAAGAAGUGACUAUAAUGAUAUUCAGCGCAGAAGCCGAAGCUAUGCUUUUGCAGAACAAAUUGAACAAGUACUUGUUAAUUGAGGUUGAUGAGGAAGACAAACUCCCUAAAAAUAUUUGCAUCAGAUGUUGUUCCAAAUUGCAAACUGUCUGUGAGUUCAUUGACACCGCUCGCAAAGCGCAGGAGGUGCUGCUCAGCCAAAGCAUUAUUCUGGACCAAUUUGACCCUCCCAGCUCCCAGAACUGUAUGGUGCAACCUAGACAUGAAAUAAAGUCAGAGGUUGAGUACUCCGACGAUGAAAACCCUAUCACUGAAAUGGAAAUUAGUGUGGAUCCAAUGAUGAUUCUUCAGAAUUCUGACAGUUUAUUGUCUCCUAACAUAGAAGAAAGUACAGAAGAUAAAUGUAAUGACCAAGAGGAAGACAUAACACAUCUGCACAGUGUAGAUGGUGAGAAUGUUACCAUUAAAUUAAUCAAAAAAGCUGAUGCACCCACAAACCACUCUAACCCAGAAUUAAAGAAAAAGAAAAUUAAACCAUUCCCAUGUAUUACAUGUAAACGGAGUUUUUAUACAGAGUUGGCGUUGAAGAACCACUCUUGGAUACAUUUCAAUGAGGAGAGGGUAAACAAGAAAUUUAAGUGCGGCACAUGUGAGGAGAGCUUUGACUACAAGUGUGACUUGAUUUUGCAUUUGAAGAAGCAUAGGACAAAUGGGAUGUGCACAAUAUGUGGCAGAUGUUUCAGGACAGAAAGAACGCUAGCGGCACACAUGACUGUGCACAUGGCAUCUAGUAAAGCAUACACUUGUAAAGUAUGCGGGAGAUCUUACAAUACUCGGAGCAACUUGAAAACACACAGCAUCACACACAGCAGUGAGAGGCCGUAUCAUUGUCAUCUCUGUAAGAAAAGUUUCAAGAGAAAUCAGGAUUUGAAGUUCCACAUCAAUCAGCACACUGGAGCUAAGCCAUACAAAUGUCCAUUUUGCGACAAGAGCUUUGCAAGCUCUGGAAACUGCUACUCUCAUAGAAGUCGGAUGCAUCCUGGGCGUCGAGUUGAUGCUAAGGUCCUCAGACGCAUGGCAGCGUCCCGCGAAGCUCCCACCACGCGGCCCGUCGCGCGCGACGCGCUGCACCCGCGCCCCAUCGCGCCUAAGCCCGCCGCCACGCUCACGCAGGUCAAGGGCAUCUUCAAGUACCAGUGCAGCCUGUGCAACCAUAGCUUUAUGAGGAGGGACAAUUUCACGUACCACAUGUACCAGCACACCGGUGAAAAGCCGUUCUCAUGCACAUUCUGCCAGGGCACGUUUGUGACAAGACGGGGGCUGUUACUUCACCACGAUAAGGAGCACCCCGGCAGCGAUCGGCCUCUCGCUCUGCUGUCCAAGAACGUGCUAUUAAAGUAAUAUGAAUAGUUGAUAAAGAAGCGCCCCUUUUCUACGUAGAAGAGUAACACGAAGCGGCGGUUUCACCAAAUCGUUUUAUCAGGCGACCAUGCUUGCCCACCAGCUUUGUUGAAUAAACAGUAUUAGAGAUUCGACCAAAAUCUCAACUAUGUAGACAAGAGGCUCUUUUUAACUUUUUUACCUAACAUUUAAGUAUACAGAAUCAGUAUUAUAUUGGAUUUAUUCCUGAUUAGUUGAUUACUCUUGGCCUUUGAGUUGUAGCCAGAUGUUUAUACUCCCAUUACGAAUUGAACGGAAUAAACGUAAACAAACUGCUGUCACUGUCAAAGUAACACGCGCAGCUCAAGUCAGGCGUUCUCAAAGUAAGGGCCGACGGAAAAACAAAUAACUUGUAACCAGUUAUUAACGAUUACUCCAUUACACACUUAAAAUCGUAAACAGAUCGAACACGAUGACUGUUAAGUAUAUUAUGUUAUGAUCCUAUGCAAGUCAAAGUAAAAAUCGGUCCAAAAUUGACGAAGUUCUGUCAUAUCAGAUACUUACAAAACCAAUAAUUAAAUUUAUAACCACCUUAUUUUGCACUAUCGUAUUUGAAGUCGGUUUUAAUUACCUAGCUAUUAAAAUUCACUACCACCUAGUCUCGAAAGUUGCUGAAAAAUAAUGUUUAGCGGCCCGCUACUUCGUCGCCCAGGUUCGUUUCCACAGUGAUACCAGAGCAAUAAACAAAGUACCCGACAAAAACGGCUCCUUAAUUUCAAUAAAUAUACCAAAACGUUUUGUGUUGAAAUUUAUUUUCGUUUAAACAGAGUCAUUAUUUGUGUAAUGGAAUAUGUAAUGAUUUUUAAUAAACUUGUAAAAUAUCUGCAAUUUUAAUACCUCGAAUGGUCACACCUUUGUUUACAAUAAUUCCGGCUAAUUCAAAAUAGGAUUAUAAUUUAAGACGAUAUGAUACAGGUAAAUUCUCCAUAAAAACGCUAUCGACUACUUCCUCCCUAGUUUUUGAAGAUAGAGCAAUGAUUUUUUCAACACAGAUUAUUAUUAUUUUUAUCUGUGUCGGACCGUUUUGAUUUUUUUGCUAUUU